CCUUUUAGAGAAAUAAGAAAGGAGGAAGAAGGAAGAAAAGAGGGAAGAAAAAAAAAAGGAGAAAGAAAACCCUCCAGGCUUUCAAUCUGAGUGGGAGAGUUGAACCGAAAGAAAAGAGAAAGAAAGGAAGAAAAAUCCUCUCUGCGGUAGAAAGAGAAAAGAAAACUUGGGCUGACAGGAGGGGGGUGCUGGGGGGGCGGUGGAAGGAAGUGAGAAAACAAAAGAGAGAUAAAAGGGCUGCUUUUCUGUCUCUCUUCCUCUGCGAGCUGGGUUAGGAGGAGCUGUUUUGCAUCCCUUCACGUCAGCCCUGCCUCAUUCCCUUCUUCCAGGGAGGGAGAGAGAGAGCGAGCGAGAGAGCGAGCAGGAGGGAGAGAGAGCGAGAGAGGAGAGGGAGAGGGGGGAGAGGGAGAGGGAGAGAGAGAGCGAGAGAGCGAGGGAGAGAAAGAGAGGAGCCGGAGGGAGGGCGGCAGGAGCAGGCGGCGGGCGCGCGUGGAGGCGGGCGGCGGGCGCGCAGCAGCAGCCCGGGCGGUGGGCAGCCAGGAGCCCCCGGCCCGGCCCCGGCCCCGGCCCCGGCCCCGGCCCGCCGAGGGCCCCAGCGCAGGAGCCGCGCCCGGACCAGGAUUUAUUUGAGAGAGAGAGAUAGCAUGCCAUGCGCGCGUGCACACACACACGCACAUACAUGUGAUGGAGAGAGGAGAAUUAGGAAAAGGGGAGCGAAAGAGAGUCCUCAAGCAGACUCCUCACUGAAUGCUGAACCCAACACAGUCCUCAAUCCCAAGACCCUGAGAUCAUGACCCAAGCCAAAAUCAAGAGUCACAUCCUUAACAAGAUUUUUAUUUAUUUAUACAUGGCAGAGGGAGAAGCAGAAGCAAGCUCGUUGCAGGGAGCCUGAUUCGGAACUCGAUCCCAGGACCCGAGAAUCACGACCUAAGCCAAAGGUGGGAAGACUCAGGCCAGCAAGGGGGCAGGGCUCAUCUGAUAUCCCCCAGGGAGAUGGAGAAGAUGGGCAGCUACGCAGAGGGCGUCAUCGCUCCCCGUAAUGACAACGAUGCCCUCCUAGCCGGCCGCCACGGGAUGGAGGGCUUCAUGGACUCAGGGACACAGACGGAUGCCGUGGUGGUGCUGUCCUUGGCUCAGGCCGCCGUGCUGGGCCUGGUCUCGGAAAAUGAGCUCUUUGGAGCCACCAUAAGCGCCGAAGCCUUCUACCCGGACCUGGGGCCCGAGCUGUCGGCGACGGCCAUCGGGGAGCCCGGGCCUCCGGGACCUGACGUCUACCAGCUGGCCUGCAAUGGGAGGGCCCUGGAGGAGCCAGCAGAAGAAGAGGUGCUGGAGGUAGAGGCAGCCUUCGAGAAGCACACCCGGCGGAAGACGCGGCCACCUGUGCGGCUGGUGCCCAAGGUCAAGUUUGAGAAGGUGGAAGAGGAGGAAGAGCAAGAGGUCUACGAGGUGUCCGUGCCCGGGGACGACAAGGAUGCGGGCCCCGCAGAGGCCCCCGCCGAGGUGGCCGGUGGCGGCUGCGAGGCCCUGGUGCAGAGCAGCGCCGUCAAGAUGAUCGACCUCAGCGCCUUCAGCCGCAAGCCCCGGACGCUGCGGCAUCUGCCCCGAGCCCCAAGGCCGGAGCUGGACACAGCCCCCUAUGACCCCCACUUCCCUGACCCGGCCCGGGAUGGCUUUCCCGAGCCCGGCGUGGCGCUGCCCGGGCCGGAGGCCUUGCCCCCCGAGUGUGGCUUUGAGCCACCCCACCUGGCCCCCCUGAGUGAUCCCGAGGCCCGCACCAUGGAGUCCCCAGAGCCGGUGAAGCCAGAGCAGGGCUUCGUGUGGCAGGAGGCAGGAGAGUUCGAGGCCGACUCGGCGGGCUCAACGGUGGAGCGCCACAAGAAGGCCCAGCUGGACCGGCUGGACAUCAACGUGCAGAUUGACGACUCGUACCUGGUGGAGGCGGGUGACCGCCAGAAGCGCUGGCAGUGCCGCAUGUGUGAGAAGUCUUACACGUCCAAGUACAACCUGGUGACGCACAUCCUCGGUCACAACGGCAUCAAGCCGCACUCGUGCCCGCACUGCAGCAAGCUCUUCAAGCAGCCCAGCCACCUGCAGACACACCUGCUGACGCACCAGGGCACCCGGCCCCACAAGUGCCAGGUGUGCCAGAAGGCCUUCACGCAGACCAGCCACCUCAAGCGCCACAUGCUGCUGCAUUCUGAGGUCAAGCCCUACAGCUGCCACUUCUGCGGCCGUGGAUUCGCCUACCCCAGCGAGCUCAAGGCCCACGAAGUGAAGCACGAGAGCGGCCGCUGCCAUGUCUGUGUCGAGUGCGGCCUGGACUUCUCCACCCUGACCCAGCUCAAGCGCCACCUGGCCUCUCACCAGGGCCCCACCCUCUACCAGUGCCUCGAGUGCGACAAGUCCUUCCACUACCGCAGCCAGCUGCAGAACCACAUGCUCAAGCACCAGAACGUGCGCCCCUUCGUGUGCACGGAGUGUGGCAUGGAGUUCAGUCAGAUCCACCACCUCAAGCAGCACUCUCUCACCCACAAGGGCGUGAAGGAGUUCAAGUGCGAGGUAUGCGGUCGGGAGUUCACCCUGCAGGCAAACAUGAAGCGGCACAUGCUGAUCCAUACCAGCGUCCGGCCCUACCAGUGCCACAUCUGCUUCAAGACCUUCGUCCAGAAGCAAACCCUCAAGACCCACAUGAUUGUACACUCACCUGUGAAGCCAUUCAAAUGCAAGGUGUGUGGGAAGUCCUUCAACCGCAUGUACAACCUGCUGGGUCACAUGCAUCUGCACGCGGGCAGCAAGCCCUUCAAGUGCCCCUACUGCUCCAGCAAGUUCAACCUCAAAGGCAACCUGAGCCGACACAUGAAGGUCAAACAUGGUGUCAUGGACAUCGGCCUGGACAGCCAAGACCCCAUGAUGGAGCUGACAGGCACGGACCCCUCCGAGCUUGACAGCCAGCAGGAGAUAGAGGACUUCGAGAACGCCUACGCCUACGCCGGUGUGGACAGCAGCACUGAGGCCAGCGUCCUCACCGAACAGGCCAUGAAAGAGAUGGCCUACUACAACGUGCUAUAGCACAAGCAGGG